UAUAGAUGUAUAUAUUUUGAUCCUCUAUUUUAUGAUAUUUUUUUAUUGUAAGAACUAAAAAUGAGUGAUAUAAUGAAUUUUAUACUAGUACAAUUUUGGUAAAACUUUUGAGACUUUCUAUCAUUUAAAGAUUUAUUGAAGAGCGCAUAAUCAAGAUCAAUGAUGUCUGAUCCUCGAAGACAAGAGAACUCUAUGGAAGUUUCGGGGAAACGCGUAUCCCAAUGGGAGGCACUCAUGAGAAAAUUCUCACAAGCGCACAAAGAAGAAUGCAAGACUGCAUCUGUGGAUAUUCCUCGGGUACAACGCUCAAUGAAGCUGUUUCCUACGGGAUCCAAAUACGAAGGCACCUGGGAUGUAUUAGGGAUGAGUGGCUAUGGCACCUACGUUUUUCCUAAUGACGUUAUCUACGAGGGAGAGUUCAAUGACGGUAUGUUUCACGGCAGCGGCGAACUGCGAUACCCGUGUGGCGCCAUCUUGCAGGGCAAAUGGCAGCGAGGUUUACUCAUAGAAAGGACCCUGAUAUUCGCCGACGGCCUGGAGUACAGUGAAACGGACUGGAAGUAUUGCAAGAUGCCUGAUAGACGAUUCACUAUUGAAUACAAGAAAGGCAUUCAACCAGCUGGCCAGUCGUUCUUGACCGCCGACCAGCCUACUCGGGAAAUACCACUAGGGUUCUACGACACUGUGGACGGUUUCUACGACCCUAAGACGAAAGUCGUUUACAAGCCUAAUGACCUGACAGCGAUACUGAGAUCGCCUUCCGAGCGCGAGCAGAAAUGGAUCAUGGAAAACUGUCGCAAAGCGCCUGAGAAGCCACUUGGCCCACGGCCGGAUUUAUACGAGGUGUGGUUGCCUCCCAAAGUUGAGCCGGAGCAGCAACCAGACCAUACAAUGGUGACCCGCACUCCAGCUUCCCAUCCAUCCACGGCCGGCGGCAGAAUGAAAACUGAAGAGGAAAAAGGAGGUGAUCGAGAUUCCCGAAUGGCAUCUAUUAAGACAGACUUCCACAGACGGCCUUUUAUUGAGUACAAUGCUUUCAAACAAAAUUUGUUACAUUGAUUGCGAAAUUAUAGUUUAUGACUGGGAU